AUGACCGCCUGGCACCCUGCCCGCGGCUUGUGUGCAGCAGGCGGCGCCGACGGCGGCGUCGGCGGCGUCAGGCCAGUGCGUCCUGACGAGCCGCCAGAUGAAUUCAUCGAUCCAAUAUCUCAGGAGUUGAUGCUGGAUCCGGUGCUGCUUGUGGAGACGGGCCAGAGCUACGACCGCCCCACGAUCGAGGCCUGGUUUGCGCGGUGCGCCGAGGGCGGCCGACCCUGCACCGACCCGCUGACCCGCCAGGUGCUGCGCCACGCCACCGUCGUCCCCAACUUCUCCCUCCGCUCCCUGGUCUGCACCUGGGCUGAGCGCCACCGCAUUGAGGACCUGCCGCGGUACAGCAAGGAGGUGGCCAAGCAGCGCAGCCGGGUGUACCGCGGCGCCGCCGCAGCCGCAGCAGCAGCACGCGCGGCUGAGGAGCUGGCGGGGGCGGCCGGCAGGGUGGCGGCAGCCUGGAUGGGCGUGGUGGCACCGACUGCGAUGGAGGAGGAGGGGGGGGAGGAGGAGGAGGAGGAGGCGGAGGAGGAGGAGGGGGAGGUGGAGGCGGGCUGUAUCCAGAUCUGGGGCUGGCAGCAGCAGCAGCAGCAGCAGCAGCAGCAGCAGCAGCAGCAGUACCCGCCCGGCACCAGCGGCGCAGCCCCGGCAGUGCAGGGCAGCGGCAUGCGGCUUGAGAGGGACCCUGUGGCGGGGGUGGGGCUGCCCUCGCUCUUCCCCUCAGCCCACCAGCCGCCGCCGCCGGUCGACAAGAGGGAGGCGGCAGAGGCGGCGCUGGCGGCGCUGCGGGCUGCGGCCUCGCACCGUGGCGGCGGCAGCGAGGGCGGCGCCGCCUACCAUGCCUGGACCCUGAUGCAGCUGGCGGGGGAUGCAGAGGGGCGGUAUCUUUUGUGGGAGGGCAACGCCAUCCCUCUGGCCAUCUUUGCCCUGGGCCAGCCGCCACCGCCACCGCCACCGCCGCCGCAGCAGCAACAGGGCGAGGCGGGAGGGCUGGAGGCAGCCAAGUCCGCGCUGUGCGGGGUGCUGCAGAGGAUGGGGGCGCGCGACGCGGACGUUGCAUCCAGCAUCGCACAGGCGAGCAUUCUGGAGGCGCUGUCGCUGCAAGCGGCCGCCUGCCGCCUGCCCGGCAGGCCCCUGCUGGCCUUCUGGCGUUUCUGGGAGCGGCGGCAGCCGGCUGGUGCGGCCGGCGAGCAGCUUGGCGCCAGCUUGGCCGCAGGCAGGGAGGCGGAGUGGGAGCCCUUGGCCCUGCUGUUGCACAUGCUUGCUGAGGGGUGCAGCGGCGGCAGCAGCAGCGUGACCGCAGCAGCAGCUGGGAAGGCGGCGGCGGCGCAGCAGCAGCAGCUGGCGCUGCUGGAUGUGUCUGCGACCGCGGUGCCUGCCGUGCUGGCGCACAGCGCGGCGGCCAGCGAGGCGCCCGCCGUGCGCUUCGCCGCGGCCGCCGCCGCCAGGACGGCGGCCGCCCUGCCCUCCAACCUGCCGCUGCUGCUGGAGGCGGCUCUUCGGGAAGGGUCGCAGGCCGCCGCCGCAGCAGCCGCCGCUGCCGACGACGGCAUCGACGGCAACGACGGCGACGACGGCGGCAGCUCGGUGGCUGGCCAGGCCUGCGCCCUGGCAUGGGAGCUCUGCUACAGCCCGGCUCGCGGCGGCAGCCUGCCCGCGGCCGUGGCGGCGGUGCAGCAGCAUGCUGACCUUCUGUUGGAUGUUGUGGAGGCAGCGCUGAGUCCGGAGCAGAAGCCUGCUGCAGAGGGCAAGUGGCUGGCGGCCGGCCUGCUGGCCUGCCUCAUGUUUGAGCCCGCCCAGCACUCCAGCGACGGCAGCGGCGCGGCGGCGGCGGCAGACGGCAUGCGCGCGCUGCUGGCGGCGCGCCCCGCGGCCCUCGCCCUGCGCCGGCUGGUGGGACUGAUGGCGGCGGGGGACGCGGCGGGCAGCCCGCAGGCGGCGGCCAUGGCGGCGCUGGCUGUAGCUAACAUGGCAGCCUAUCGAGGCUCAGCCCAGUCACCCUCCGUCUCGCCUCGCACAUCGCUGGCCGCCGGCGGCAGCGGCAGCGGCGGCCUGGCCAGCGCCGGCGGCAGCGGCAACUACGGCGGCGGCGGCAACGGCGGCGCGGCCGGUGUCGCCGCCCACGACAGCGGCGUGGGCCGGCUGGCCGCACGGGCGGCCUCCAAGCUGAGCGCUGCGGUGCUCAAGCGGCCCAGCCCGCGGCCCGGCUCCCCCUCGGGAGCCGCGUCGCCGCCAGAGGCGCCCUCGCCGCAUGCGGCGGCGGCGCAGCAGCAGCAGCAGCACACCGAUCCUCGCGGGGCGCUGCUUCACCACGGCGCCAUGCAGCGCCUGCUGCGCCUCCUCAUCAGCUCCUCCUCGGCUGCCGCCAGGGCAGACGCCGCCGCCGCCGCCGCCGCGUGCGAGGGCCCCGGCAGCAGCGGCGCCGCGCUAACGCCGGGGGCGCGGCACGCGGGCGCCGCGGCGGCGGCCGCGGCGGCAGGCGCGGCCGCCGUGCAGCGCCAGCUGCUGUCGGCGGCGCUGCAGGCGCUCAAUAACUUGUGUGUGGACGCGGCUGCCGCCAACCACCUGCGUGCGUGCGUCAAGCAGGGCGGCGCCGAGAUGGCUCUGGACCUGAAGGAUGCGCUGAGUGCCGCCAUGGGCGACCGCCAGCUGCAGCCCGCCGCCCGGGAGUACGCCCGCCGCCUGGCCCACACGCAGAGCGGGGCCCCGGGGCAGCGGCACAGCCUGGCAUGCAGCUGCGCGGCGCCACCGCCGCGCCCCGCCGUGUACCCCAACCCCUAA